AUGUGUGAAUGUUCUCUGAAAAUGUUGAGCAUGAAAGCGCAGGUGGAUGUGGUCUGCUGUAAAUCAGUAGGAACUGAUCUGUCCAUGCUGGAUAUUGAGGAUUUCAUCACAGAAAUCUGUCAGCUGAAGAAAGAGGUGGCUUCACUGGAGGCAAAGCUGAGAGAAAGAGGAGACAAACUGAACAGAGAGGAUGUGGAGCAGGUUUGGGUGCGUGAGACUGAUGGGACAGAAGCUCAGGAUUCAGUCUGGAGCGUCAGAGAUCAGAGAUCCAGAGACACACAGGACUCAGAGCUCAGCCUCACUUUACUCUGUUAUACUGACGCUCAGGAUCAUGAAUCCACUGAUCAAACCUCUGACUGUAACGCUGGAGAACAGCAGAUGCUGCAGACGCCGCUGAAGAUGUGCUCCGUCAAACUGGUGGACUGCAGGAACCUGAUCGAGAGCAGAGGAGAAGAAACCACCGCAGAGAAACAACAACAACACACUGAUGAGGAAGAGGAGGAGGAGGAGAAUAAUGGGGAGGAUGAUGAAGAUGGUGAUGAUUGUGCUGAGAAUAAUGAUGAUGUUGAUGAUGGUGACUUUGUUCCUUCAGAUAACAAUACUGGUUCAUCUUCUGAUGGAGAAACUGCAUCUACAUCCAAAGACCAAAAGACAAAGAAGAGUUGUGCAAAAACAUUCAGCAAACAGUGUAAUUUAACAAGACAUGCCAGAAAGAAAAAACACACCGAACAGAAUGACUUCAGCUGCAAGAUCUGUAACAUCAGUUUUCCGACCUUCAAAGAGAGAACCGUUCAUUCAAAAGAGCACAGCGUGAAGAAGGAGUUUCGCUGUGAACAGUGCGGGAAGGAUUUCUUCACAACUCCUCAUAAUAUGAAAGCUCAUAUAAAGACACACGAAGAAAAGACUCUUCAGUGCAACGAAUGCAACAAGUAUUUCCGGAACAAACGAGAUCUUUCUGUUCAUAUGAGAAUUCACACGGGUGAGAAACCGUAUCAGUGCCCUAAAUGCGAGAAAAGUUUUAACCAGGGUACGCAUCUGAAGAACCAUUUACUCUUGCACACCAACGAGAGACCGCAUCAGUGCCCUCAAUGUGAGAAGAGCUUCACCCAGGGAUCUAGUCUGAAGACACAUCUACUCACACACAGCAAUGAGAGACCGUAUCAGUGCAGUGAAUGUGGGAAACCUUUUAUGAGCACAGCUUCUCUAAAGUUACACCAUAAAAUACACUCUGAAGACAAACCGUAUCAGUGUUCACACUGUGAGAAACGUUUCCGUCUUUCGAGUCUCAUGAAAACCCAUGAGAGGAUUCACACCGGAGAGAAACCGUACCUGUGCUCCGACUGCGGGAAGAGCUUUGCGAGAUCAUUUGCUCUCAAAAUUCAUCAGAGAAGUCACACAGGAGAAAGACCGUAUCCCUGUAGUGAUUGUGGGAAGGGUUUUAUUAACGCAAAUGACUUAAAAGUGCACCGGAGGACUCAUACGGGAGAAAAACCUUUUAAAUGCUCAUAUUGUGACAAGACUUUCAUCCGAGGAUGUGUCAAAAAUGUCCAUGAACGAAUACAUACAGGAGAGAAACCUUACUGCUGCUCCAUCUGCGGAGAGAGAUUUGCUUUUAAAUGGGUUUUUCAGACCCACAAGAAGAAACACGCUGCUCCAGAAUCAUCAUAGCUCCUUCAUGUAAUUAUUUUUAGAUUCUCUAAAACACAGGAAUGUUGUUUUAUGGUUGUAAAAAGUAAAACCUAUAGCAAGAAUGUCCCUAGAACAAACUCAAACCUGCUCCUGGAGGGCCGCUGUCCUGCAGAGUUUAGCUCCAAGCAUAAUUAAACACAUCUGAAGCAUCUCAUAAAGAGCUCUGUCCAGAAUCACCACUAUACCCUUGAAUAGGACACUAUUUGAGAAGAACCACAGUGGACUUUACUCAGUGUGCUCAUUCAAUCCCACAAUGCACUGCAAUAAUGAGUGUACAACUGAUGUACACCAACAUCUAGUGAAAACUCAAAAUGCUCUGUAAGGAUCGAGCCAAGUUAAUUCCUGUGUCUCGCAAGAAGAUGGCAUCUGCAGCUGAACCAUGUUUAUACAUGCAAGUUUCUUUGACAGUUCUAGAUACAUCUUUUAUCUGCUGGUGGAUGAGGAGAGACCCCCUGACUAUGUAAAGUGCUUUGAGUGCCUAGAAAAGCGCUAUAUAAAUGUAAGGAAUUAUUAUUAUUAUUUUAA